AAAUUACUUUUACAUUCAUAUCAUCACUUUAGCUGUUUUUUUAGAUUCCCAAGACACCACGAAAUUUACUUUAAAUUAAUCAACUCACUAAUCAUUUAAAUUAUACUCACUAAUCAAUCAUUUAAUCUCACUUUCUUCCCUGUCAUAAUAUAACUGUAGAAUAGAACCUGCCACUCUGAACACAACCUCCAAACACACCCUCAUUUUAUCCAUCCACCAACAAAAAAAAAAAAAAAAACUAAAAAGAUUAUGUCUUCCUAACAAGAAAAAGAGCAAGGAAGAGAGAUUGAUUGAGCAAAAUGCAAAUGAAAAACAAAGUUUUGAUCUUUUUGUGUUUUUGUUCAUUUAGUGUUUCUCUUGUUUUAGCCAUAACACAAAAUGAUGAGUUAUCAACUCUGUUGUCAAUGAAAACUUCCUUCAUUGAUCCCUUAAACCAGCUCAAAGAAUGGAGCAACAAUACCGAAAACCCGGGUUUUUCGCAUUGCGAAUGGAAGGGUGUAUGGUGCAACAAUGAAGGUUUUGUUGAAAAACUUGAUCUUUCCAACAUGAACUUAAGUGGGAAAAUACCAGAAACCAUACAAGAUUUCAAGAGUUUAACAUCUCUUAAUCUUUGUUGUAAUGCAUUCGCUUUCUCAUUACCUAAAUCCCUCUCUAAUCUUACCACAUUAGUAACCCUUGAUCUUAGCCAAAAUGAGUUCAUUGGUAACUUCCCUACUGGUUUUAGUCAGGCUAAAGGGCUUAUUACACUUAAUGCAUCUAGCAACAACUUUGAAGGUAACAUUCCUGAUGAUCUCGGGUUCUGUAACUCCCUCGAAGUGCUAGAUUUUCGAGGGAGUUUCUUCGAAGGAUCAAUACCUAAAUCAUUUAAAACCCUUCAAAAGUUGAAGUUUUUAGGUUUGUCAGGGAACAAUCUUACAGGAGAACUUCCUUCUGAACUUGGGUUUUUGUCUUCUUUAGAGACUAUGAUUCUUGGGUAUAACUACUUUACAGGGUCUAUACCUUCAGAAUUUGGGCACCUGAGUAAUCUUCAGUACUUGGAUUUGGCUAUUGGGAGUUUAACUGGGAAAAUUCCUGCAGAAAUUGGGAAGUUACAGAAGCUUAACACAGUUUACCUUUACCAGAAUGAAAUUGAAGGGGAACUUCCUAAGGAGUUGGGUAAUAUUUCAUCGUUGCUGUUCUUGGAUGUUUCGGAUAAUCGAAUUUCCGGGGUGAUUCCGAAGGAUUUGGGGAAGUUGAAGAAUUUACAGCUUCUGAAUUUGAUGUGUAAUGAGCUUACAGGUGAAGUACCAAGUGAGCUUGGUGAGUUAACCAAGUUACAGGUUCUUGCAUUGUGGAAAAACUCUCUGACAGGUAAUUUACCUGUAAAUUUAGGUAAAUUCUCACCUUUACAAUGGCUAGAUGUUUCAUCAAAUUCUUUAUCAGGUGAACUUCCUCCAAAUCUUUGUGAUUCUGGGAAUCUAACUAAACUUAUACUCUUUAACAACUCUUUUUCUGGUCCCAUACCUUUUAGCCUCUCAAAAUGUGUUUCUUUAGUCAGAGUUCGAGUACAGAACAACCAGUUUUCUGAUAGUAUUCCUGCAGGUUUUGGUACAUUGCCUAAACUUGAGAGGUUAGAAUUAGGGAACAACAAUCUAACCGGGGUAAUCCCAGAUGAUCUUUCUCUCUCCUCAUCGCUUUCUUUCAUUGAUAUUUCUUACAACAAUCUUGAUUCAUCUCUCCCUUCUGGGAUUCUGUCUAUGCCAAAUUUACAGAAUUUCAUUGCUUCUAAUAGUAACUUAAAUGGCCAUAUUCCUAACCAGUUGCAAGAUUGUCCUUCUCUAACUGUCCUUGAUCUUUCUCACAACCAUAUAACCGGUUUCAUCCCAAAGAGUAUCGCGUCAUGUACAAAACUAGUCAUUUUGAACCUUAAAGAAAACCAGCUUUCUGGUGAAAUUCCUCACUCAGUUGCAGGAAUGCCCACAUUAUCAAGACUUGAUCUUUCAAACAACUCCUUAACGGGUCAAGUACCUGAAAACUUUGGAAGUUCACCUGCUUUAGAAAUGCUGAAUCUGUCCUACAACAAGCUUGAAGGUCCUGUACCUGUAAACGGCAUGUUUGCUACUAUUAACCCGAAUGAACUCAGAGGCAAUGAUGGACUUUGUGGUGGCAUACUUCCACCAUGCCUUAAAACCAAUGGAAAAUACUCACCUCACUCAAAAAACAACCGCGUUAAUCACAUCAUCAUAGGUUUUAUAGUAGGAAUAUCCGCCAUUUUAGGUAUCGGGUUAGCAUUCUUCGCAGGAAGAAUGGUACACAGUAGAUGGUAUUUAUACAGCAACACAGUAGAAGAGUGGUUUACAAGCAGCAACAAAGAAUGGCCAUGGAGACUUGUAGCAUUCCAAAGGCUAAACUUCACCUCACCUGAAAUCCUAUCAUGUUUGAAGGAAUCAAAUGUGAUAGGAAUGGGUGGAACUGGGAUUGUUUACAAAGCUGAAAUUCAAAGACCACACUCCAUUAUAGCAGUAAAAAAGCUCUGGAAAUCAACAGGGGAUGCAGAAUCAGGGGAGAAUUUGUUAGCAGAAGUUGAACUUUUAGGAAGAUUGAGGCAUAGGAACAUAGUCAGAUUGAUUGGUUACUUGCAUAAUGAAAAUGAUGUGAUGAUGGUUUAUGAGUUUAUGCCAAAUGGGAAUUUGGGGACAGCAUUGCAUGGUGAUAAACAAAGUGGGAAGAACAAUAUGUUGGUGGAUUGGGUUUCUAGGUAUAAUAUAGGAUUAGGGGUAGCUCAAGGAUUGUCUUACCUUCACCAUGAUUGUCAUCCUUGUGUGAUUCAUCGUGAUGUUAAGUCUAACAAUAUUUUGUUAGAUGAGAAUUUUGAUGCUCGAAUUGCUGAUUUUGGGCUUGCUAAGAUGAUGCUUCAUAAUAGUGAGACUAUCUCCAUGGUUGCAGGAUCUUAUGGAUAUAUUGCACCUGAAUAUGGUUACAGCUUAAAAGUCGACGAGAAGAGCGACAUCUACAGUUACGGAGUCGUACUCCUAGAGCUCGUCACUGGUAGAAAGCCAUUAGACCCAACUUUCGGAGAAUCAAUCGACUUAGUCGGGUGGGUAAGGGGAAAGAUCAGAGACAACGGAGGAUUAGAGGAAGUACUCGACCCUGAAGUUUCAGGACAAUGCAAGUACAUUCAGGAAGAGAUGUUACUCGUUUUGAGAAUCGCAAUUCUUUGUACUGCGAAACUGCCUAAGGAGAGACCUUCCAUGAGAGAUAUUAUAACAAUGCUUAAAGAAGCGAAGCCUCGAAGGAAGAGUAUUUGUAUCAACAAUGGAUAUCAACCUGAUAUUGAUAAACCAGUUUUUAGUACGUCUCCGGUUAUAGGUCUGUUGUAGAGAAUUUUCUGUAUUUAGUAUUUACCAGUUUUACCAGUAUCUGCUUCUCCUGUAGAUUCCUACUUUUCUACUUCCGUUUCUUCAUUUUAUUCUUGAUUUAAACUUUUAGGAUAGAUAUAUAGUUGAAAUACCAUUUAGGCUGCAAUUUGUAGUCUUUAAUGAGGUUUAAGUAUAAUGUAAAUUGACAUGAACAACAUCUGUAUUAUAUGAUUAUAAGCGGGAGCUUCUUCAAUAAGCUCCGCCUUGUUUUCUUA